AUGUCUACUGAAGCUGUUCCCUCUGGAGACUAAUCCUUGUCCUACAUACAUGGCCUCCCCAAGAGGAAUUUCAAAGGCUAGUCUAUGGCACAAAGGGCAGGAGGAGACUUUUGCCAGCCUGAAGACAUUGCUCAGAAGGCAAGUGAAAUGACGUGAGCAGAUGCUUUCCUUCUCAUCCUGGUCAGACAAGGACUCAGAUCGCACCCUUUGAGUGACAGCUUGUUGGACCAGCUUCAGGAAGAGCUGAAGGCCCUGGACCCUGUCUCUUCAGGAUUCCUCCUCACAUGUCAAUUGAUCCACUUUCUCCUGAGGCUUAAGAUUCCCCUGAAGUUGCCCACAGUCCAACUCCUUUGCCAGAGUUUCUCCAGAAGUGGCUCUCCUGAAAUGGUGAAUUACGGAAAGUUUCUCUGCUCUUUACACAACGCAGCUUCCGAUGAUUCACAGCAAAGUGGAGCAGCUGCAGACGGCAACCCAAGGGAAGGCCAAGACACUGACCAGAGCCUGCUGGACAUUCUGAAGAGUUUGCAGACACCCAGCAGCCAACUCAGCAUAGAGCAGCUCAACCUGUGCUUUUGAAGAGAAGGUAAAUCAUUCUCUGGCUGCCUUCCCCUCCCAAGGUAGCAACAAUCAAUCAUUAGGGCUGUCUGUGGGAAGCAUGGAUUAUAUCUGACAUCGAGCCUACUGGAAACAUUGCUUAACCAUCAUGAUCCGGGUUACAAGGAUGAAAUAAAAUGGCAAAAUUUCAUUGAGUUGCUUAGCAAAGCUUCUUUGGACCUAUUUUCUGGCUUACCUACAGGGAAGAGUGAAAAAGAAGUCUCUGCCUCUCCAGGGGAGCCUGAAGUCUCUGAGGUAUCUCAAAACCCGACUGAGCCUAAAACUUCAGAAGUGGCACUGCAACCAGGAAAUGCUCCUGCUGAGACCUCAGCCCUGGAAGGAACUAUGAGGCCUUUGAAGAUCAGACCAGUUUCGCAGCCUCUUGUGAAUUCAGCCACGAAGAAUGGAUCUGAGGACCCUGAGGAGGCCUGGAUAGACAGGUUCAGAAAGCUGGAAAAGGCCCUGUAUUUGUAUGAUCUGAGCAACACAGGAAAUCUGAAGAAAGAAUGAGCCAGACACCUCAUUGACAACUACAAUCUCAUCUACAACCUGUCCCUGAGCCCUCAGAAAAUCGACCAGGCUUUGCAAAGAUUCUGUACUGGAGAAAAUCUGCAAUUGCAUCCAGCACUGCAGUGCUUGAAGGAGCUAUGA